AUGCUUUCUUCCUUGCAGAACAAUGCGUGGCUAUGCAAAGAGACGACAAAUAGUACACUACGCUAUCUUUUCGGCCUGAUAAAGGAGAAUGACCCUACAAUACGGUUGAUGGGUUUCGAUGCGGUUUUGAGAACUAUUGAGCGGGAGCUUUCGGGUGCUAAUCGUGAGGAAGCGCCGCCAUUCCCAAUUGCCCAAGUCUUUCACGACAUGUCAGUUGUCGCUGCUUGCAUGCAGGAGACUUCCAAACACUACAAUCUCAUCCUCAACCUCGACGACAGACAUUGCGCCCUGGCCAGCGAUGCCACAUCGGAGUGGCAAGAACGUGAACGACCGUGGGUAGACGAUAUCGAAAACUUUCUGGCAAGAAUCGGACGCACGGGGAAUGAGUUCAACAAAGAGGCUCGAGAUGAGAAUACCCCCUUAGAACAUCGCCACUGCACGUUCUGGAAUCGCAUUGAUGACUGCAUGAGAAAAUGGAACAACUCCAGUCUUAUUGUCUCCAUUCUCGACCAGGCCCCGGUCCCAAGAGCAUCCGCAUCCACAAUUUUGGAGUCGGGAUGUGGUUCGCAAGAUACGAACUCUAUGAACUCCACGCCGACUGAAACAAGAUGA